CGGUGGGCAUGCUGCAGAUCGGGGAGGACGUGGACUACCUGCUCAUCCCCCGGGAGGUCAGGCUGGCCGGGGGCGUGUGGAGGGUCAUCUCCAAGCCCGCUACCAAGGAAGCGGAGUUUCGGGAGCGGCUGAUCCAGUUUCUGGAAGAAGAAGGGCGCACCCUGGAGGACGUGGCACGCAUCAUCGAGAAGAGCACCCCGCACCCGCCCCAGCGCCCCAAAAAGCCCAAGGAGUCUCGUACCAGGCGAGUCCAGCAGGUGGUCACUCCUCUGCCUCGCCUGGUCGUGGGCACCUACGACAGCAGCAACGCUAGUGACAGUGAGUUCAGUGAUUUCGAGACCUUCAGAGGCCCAGGCUCGGGGCAGGCCCGGAAGGCCCGCAGAAUGCCGGUUAGUUACUUGGGCAGCAAGUUCCUGGGGAACGACCUGGACAAGGAGGAUGAUGAGGAACUUGUCCAGGCCUUCCUCUGGCCCGGGGAGAAGCAGCCCAGCGCGCCACGUGCCGUCCAUGGUGCCUACCCGCCCGUGCCAGUGUUUGAGGACAAGCUGGGGCCCCAGCUGGCCAAGGCAGACAAGUGGCAAGAGUAUGCCAGCCCUGUGCCCCCGGGGAAGCUGAAGCACAGGGUGAAGGGUCGGGCAUCGAGAUCUGGCCCUGUGGAGGUUGAGGCUCACCAGUCCUCCGUGGCUGGGGAGAGAAAUGGGGCAUCCACUAGGCAGGAGGCUGCCCCGGCCAGUGCAGGAGAUGAGGGUGUUCCGGAGCGCACCCCCAGGCGAUGGAGGCCCAAGAUCACGUGGGCCUCCUUCAGACGUUGCAAGAAGGAGGAGGAGGUAACAUCCUUGGCUCAGGGGGCAGCCGCCCCUGCUGAGCAAGGGCCUGAAGCUGCAGAUGGUCAGGGGGUGGAGGCCUCCAUUUCCCAGGGAGCAGGAGCUGCAGAUAAUCAAAGGGUGGAGGCCAGUGCUGACCAAAGGGAAGGCGCUGGAGCCCAGGCUAUCCAGGAAGCAGGAUCUUCAACAGCCCAGGGGGAUAUAGGGGCAGCGCCAGGAGCCAGGCGCCAGAAACCGGUCAAGACAGUGAGGUUCCAGACUCCUGGGCGCUUUUCAUGGUUUAGAAAGUGCAAGAGAGCCCUCCGGCCCACUCCCCAACUGCCAGCCAGGAGAGUACCUGGGGUAGGGGAGGGCAGGGGCCUCAGGGUACUGAGGGCAGAGGCCGGGGCAGAGCGGGGACAGGGAGAACAAGAAGACCAGCUGUGAGGGGGGCUCCUGCUGCAGCCCCCCCCCCACCGUGUCCACCUCUUGGGCUGUGCAGUGAGUUGGGCAGUGGGGCAGGCAGCUCCUCUAGGGCCUCGCUCUGUGAUAUAUUUUAUAUUGUGUGCAUUGUUUUCUUUUUUCUUUCUUUUUUUUUUUUUUUUGGUCUUUUUCGUUUUUUAUCGUUACCAGGGAUCGAACUCAUGACUGCCUGCUUGCAAGGCAGGUGCUUAUGCCGCUGAGCUAAAUCCCCAGCCCCUGUUUUAUUUUUUCAAUACCGACUCCUUUUAGCAUCCCAAAGAAUGUCAGGAAAGGAACUAAGAUGGUGGGGUUCCGUCACCUAUGCUCUGUGUUCAGCUUGGAAAGGGAGGCGGCGGGGUGGUGGUGGUGGUGGUGGUUCUCUUUCCACAUCCCUCUGUCCACAUGGUUCACUUCCACCGCCUCCUUGAACUCGAGAUGAGAUCUCAAGCCAACAUGCAAAUAAAAACAUUUACCAGUUGA